AAAAAAAAUGCAACCUCCCAAAAUAAAGAGCAAAGAUUGCAUUAGGAGCGAACAGCGCUGCAGAUAUAGAUGGCAGCUUCGUGUCAUUGACUGAAACAAAACAAAACAAAAGGGCCACUGGAUGUCUGCCUUCUUGGGGGGUGAGCCAGACAGACUGACAAACAAACAGACCCAGCUGAGCUCGGGGGAGGGUUUCUCCUCCGGUUUUGCCCGGCAGCAGCAGCAUGGACGUGUUGGCUAGUUAUAGUAUAUUCCAGGAGCUACAACUUGUCCACGACACCGGCUACUUCUCAGCUUUGCCAUCCCUGGAGGAGACCUGGCAGCAGACAUGCCUGGAGUUGGAACGCUACCUCCAGACAGAGCCCCGACGGAUCUCUGAGACCUUCGGUGAGGACUUGGACUGUUUCCUCCACGCCUCUCCUCCCCCGUGCAUUGAGGAAAGCUUCCGGCGCCUAGACCCCCUGCUGCUCCCCGUGGAAGCCACCAUCUGUGAGAAGAGCUCUGCAGUGGACAUUUUGCUCUCUCGGGACAAGUUGCUAUCUGAGACCUGCCUCAGCCUCCAGCCAACCAGCUCUUCUCUAGACAGCUACACAGCGGUCAACCAGGCCCAGCUCAACGCAGUGACCUCAUUAACGCCCCCCUCAUCCCCUGAGCUCAGCCGCCAUCUGGUCAAAACCUCACAGACUCUCUCAGCCGUGGAUGGCACAGUGACGUUGAAACUGGUGGCCAAGAAGGCUUCCCUCAGCUCAGUGAAGGUGGGAGGGGUGGCGGCCGCGGCGGCAGCCGUGACACCAGCUGGAGCAGUUAAGAGUGGACAGAGCGACAGUGAACAGGGAGGGGCUGACACGUGCCCCGAAAACAAGAAGAGGGUCCACCGCUGUCAGUUUAACGGGUGCCGGAAAGUUUAUACAAAAAGCUCCCACUUAAAGGCCCACCAGAGGACUCACACAGGUAGUGAGAAGCCUUACAAGUGCUCAUGGGAAGGAUGCGAAUGGCGUUUUGCACGCAGUGAUGAGCUCACAAGGCACUACAGGAAACACACAGGUGCAAAGCCCUUUAAAUGCAACCACUGUGACAGGUGUUUCUCCAGGUCUGACCAUCUUGCUCUCCAUAUGAAGAGACAUAUCUAAACAAAACAAAACAAAACAAAACAAAAAAACAAAAGUAACCACCAC